ACAAUUUCUUUGAGUUUUUCUUUAGCCUUUUUAACUUUUAGGGUGCAGAUCCGAGUCUUCGAUUUUCGGUAAGGGGUUUCUUGUUAGGAGAUUACUUUGUUGAAUAUUUAAAUGGGUCUGUAUUACUAUUUUAUUCGGUGGUAUUUUAGUAUGUGUGGUAUCCUCGGUUCUUUUCCUGGUUGACAAAUCGGACAGGGAGUCUUCCCUGUUUCGUGUUAAUUGAGAAUGAGACGGGAGGGCAAGUCUUCGAGAUCCGAGUCUAACUGUACUGCAAGUAGUUCUAUGUUCCUUUCCUUUAUUUUUUUCUCCUUUUUUCGUCCCGUGCUCUGCUUCAUUUUCAGCCUUGAGAAAUUGCUCUUGAUUGUUUGGAAUUUCAGCAAUUUUUCGUAAUUUGAAUUCUAACAGAUUUUGUGGAAAUUGUAGAAUUGCUAGAGACUAAAUAGAUUCUUUCUUAGCGUACCUUUUAUUUGAUUCAAAAGUCAUGUGGCUUAUGAGAGAUGGGUACUGAAUGGACAUGGGAGUGAACGUGCGUCCCAUGAAAUUUGCUUUCUGUUAGUAUUGUCUUAUUACUAAGUUUCCGUAACAACCUAGCUUAUAAAAGGCCCGUUUGUAUCAUAUAAGUGGCAGUUGAUAAAAGGAUUGCGUUGUCUUGAUCCUUCUUGCGUUCUGAAAAUGAACCCACCUUUAUUUCAGUCUCUUCUCGUGCUUCUUUCAACAUUUUUACUUGACCCUGCUUAAUUGUGGCAUAAACGAAAUUCUGUACUCAGUUCAAAUACAUUGAUUAACCUGUCCAUUUAGAUCUGUAUGUCUGCACUUUGCUUAUAAUUUAUAGUACAAUUUUGCUUAGAACCUUUGAUACAUUAUCUAUUCUGAUGUUUUUUUUUUUCUGCUCUUGUUGAGUUGCCAAUGGCAGAUAAUCUCUUUUUUCAAGCAUUCCCCUUUGAAUUUGCAUUUUCAUAUAUAGUUGAAGUUUUCACAACGGAUGCUUGCCUUGCAACAUCAUUUUGAUGCCUUAAUGUUAGUUUUUUUAGUAUGUGAAACGGCUCGCUAAAGUUGUGUUUUGCAUGAGAUGUUGGAACUUAACUAAGCUCCAAUAAUUUUUGCCCAACUAUGAUAUUUUUGCUGUGGCGUAUAAUUUCUUGUUUUUCUCUUUGAAAUCACUCGGGCUCACUCGUUUAUGAUAUGUUUUUUUUUUCCUUUUAUUUUUUGGCUUAUCUAAUUUAAUUUGAAUUUCUCGAUUAGCUUAGAAAUUGAUAUGUUAAUUUAUACUGUUAUUUUACAUUGACCUCAGAAAUGUUUUCAUGCUGACUUCUCAAAGUUUUUUAUUGGCAGGUGACAUUUUUAAGCCUUCAUUUGUGGGUCAAACGACAGCCAUGUGUUGAAGCUUUGUAACAUUAUGAAACUUGGCGGCUUGGAGGCAAUUAUAAUAGUAGUUGAUGAAUGAAGAAGGAAGAUCCACUUGAAAGAUAUCUCUAUCCUUAUAUUCCAUAUAAGAACUCUCAAAUGUAGCAUUAGCAUAAACAAAGAGUUUUUUGAUGCAGAACUGUAUGACUACAGUGAGCAUGCCUCGAAAGUAACUUCUGAUUGUAACAAGCAGUUCUCAUCUGAUAUCCUAAAAUUAGAUAACAGGGGUGGAAAAAUAGAGAAAGAUGUUAUAUUAGAUGAAAUAGAGGGGAAAGUUUGCCAAUCUAUAGAUUUAUCUCAAUCUUGUAAUGACUCAAAUGCAUAUUAUUUGUCUGGCAAAUCAGACCCUAUUAAUAAUUGCAUGAAUGAGAGCGUCUGCAGAGCUGCUCCAUGUCCUCGUGCCACUUCUGAGAUCAGCUUAAUUUCCCAAGAAGAUCUGUUUUAUAUGGACAAAACUGUUACUGAUGUUGAACUACCACAUUUGUCGGUAUCUACCAAAGCUGCUCCUACUGUCAAGGACAUUUGCAUUGACGAAGGCGUGCAGAUGUUUGAAAAAAUCUUGGUUGAGUAUGAUAAAGCCUCGAACUUUCCUAGAGUGAAUGGCAAUAGUGCGCUUAUGGAGGAAACAAGAGAAAAUGAGAACUCUGAAGAUUUAAAAAGCUUACCAACUCAUGAAGGGCUUGAUUCCUUGGAGAAAAUUUUGGAAAGAGAUGUUGGAGACACAGAUUUGAAUGAGAGAAUAGACAAAACUUCUAAGAAUGAUUUGAGAUCUUUUUUAUUUACUGAACAUCUUGCUGAACAGCGUUAUUCUAGCAAUUCAAUUAGUGAGAGGAGACCCUUGGAUACAACAGAAAUAACUGCAUUUACGCUGCCUGCUGAGGAGAUCAUUGACCAGAGAUCACACUUUUUAGAAGAAUUUAACACCGAUUUUCAUCGAGCGGAUUCAUCGAGUCAUAAUGAUAGCACUUUUGAUAAUCAAGCUCUGAGGCAAAAACAUGAUCAGGUCGUGGAAGAAGAGAAUUUGACAACAAUGGCUGCCUCCUCUCCUGAGAAAGCUAAAGAAAGCAACCAGAUUGCGGGAACAGUUUCUAGCCACAAGGAUCUACUUGAGGAAGAGAAAACAUCAGAAUUUGUUGCCACUUCUGAUGACCACGAAUCAAAUAGAAUCGAUAAUACCAAUGGGGCUUCUGAUAAUCCCAAAUUUGAUGGCGUGGCUUUCACUUCUGAUUUGGAGGCUGGAGGCACAUCCAUAGUUGGCAAUGAGAACCAAGUUAUAAACAACCAACAGACCGUGCAGUUUCAAAAUGGCCUCGAAUCUGAAGAAGCUGUAAGUGAUGGUACAACCUCAGCUCGAAGUUCAUUUUCUCAUCUUGCUCAUGGAGAAUCGAAUCUGCUUGGACCUGCCAAUUUUUCUGGCUCGAUAACUACUUCCAGUCAUAUACCGUGUUCUGCCAACAUAUCCCUUCGGUCUGAGAGUAGCACAACCAGUGGGCACUCCUUUGCAUUUCCUCUACUCCAACCUGAAUGGAGCAGCAGCCCCAUAAGAAUGGCAAAAGCUGACCGUAGACGUUUGAGAAAGCACCGAUGGAAGUCGGCAUUUACCUGUUGUAAAUUCUGAAUGCAGAUUCGGGCUGCAAUACUUAGGUGAGUUGGUUAAAGCCUCAUUAGUAUUAAGUGAUUUGGAAGAUUUUUUGUCCUUUUUUUUAGUCACAUCUUAGCAUUUAUUUACAGCAGCAGGAUGAGUGAUUAGCUGUGCCAUUGGAAUAUAGUAUAAUAUGUGUACAAUAGUUCAUUUGGGUUUCCCUGUUUGUAUUCUUAUUGGUUUGAGAGGGGAAAAAAGGCAUAAUGGCUGCAACUACUUGUCUUUGCUUUGAUUGUUUCGAUUCUGUUAUUA